AAUUUGUGAGUAACAUUCUGUUUCAUUAACAACAAUAAUUAGAAAUAUAAAUAACUAGUAACAUGGAAUGACGCUGUUGAAUGGAUCAUGUUGAAUAAAUCCAGUUGUGCUUAGUGAUGCAAAGAAUAGGCAACAUGCCAACAGCACUACAAAACCACAGAAGAUCCAACCCAUACUGUUUGCAGCCAGAUUACAAGAUACAUGAGUUUAACAAACGACUACAGCAACACACAGAGAAAGCUGAGCAAGUUUGGUGGGAUGAGUUAAUAAAUGAGUAUUUUGAAGACGAUGCUACCCUUACUAUCCAGUAUAAAGAUGGUAGCCACCAAAGAAGAUAUACUGUUCAUCGACGUCUGAUUCCACGAUAUUUUCGUUCUUUAUACACUGGUGGUGUUUCAAAAGUUUAUUUUCUUGUGUUUGACAGUAAAGAGAAUUAUAUGAACACCACAGUUACGUUAGACUGUAAACAGGCUUCUAUGGUGACACACUACACGAAGCCAACAGAUACAAAGGUCCACACAAAUGGCCAUCUUUCAAUAGAAUUUUCAUUUGAUGAUUUUAUGCGUAUUCGAAAUUGGAAGUUUCAAAUUAAAGAAAAUGCUGAAUUAAUUCCAAAAUCCGCCCUGUUAGAAUGCAAAGGCGAUCAAACGAAACUGGACGCACUUUCUAAUAACAUAACUGAGUCUGGAUUGUCGUCUGCAACUUUGGAAUAUCUGAGGAUGGGAGUGAUACUAGAGCCAAUGCAAGAACUGAUGUCACGCCAUAAGUCCAGUGGGAUAAGCCCGAAAGAUGCUUUGAAAACCGUUUUAUAUGAGAAGUGGCAAGCACACCUGAUGACGCAAGAUUACGAACAGAGAGCGAGAAUGUGGUCAAAUCGGGGUAGAGGACAAGCACCCAAAAAGCGCAAGCCACGAAAAACUCCCUCCUUGUCAGAUACGAAACCGACUAAGAAGAAAUCUCCUUCCACAUCUUCCUUCCCUCCGUCUACAACAUCUGACGUUAUGUUGGUAGAUGAACCCAUGUUGAUGGGAGGGAAAUUUGGUGACGAAGAUGAGAGAGUGAUCACAAGACUUUCUCUUAAUGGUAGGUUGGAAAACACUCGAUUCACUGGUAAUAACGGUACCACCACUGAGGAUGGUGAUGAUGCUUUCGCUUCGAAUGGUAGCAACGAACAACCUGUUUCAAAUUCUACACUACCGUGGAAAAGUGAUAAGCCACCUGCAAAGGAUGAUCAGAAAUAAAACGAAAAAUAACUUUUCUAAAAGAAGAUGAAUUUUAGAAUUUAUUUAUUGUUUUUUUAUUAUUAUUUUGUCAAUUUCUUGUACAUAUUCAAAUUUUUAAUUUUCCCUCUUACUUAUACUAUUUCUCUCAAGGAUUUGCUUUCUAUUUUCAUGAAUGGAUUGAAUUUUCUGCUUAACAAUUGAGAACUGUUUUUUAGAAAACCAGUUGCGGUAAUCACCUUUUCAAUCAACUUUUUCGUUUUAAUUUACUUAAACAUGUAUUAGUGGCGUCAAAAUAUGUGUAUAUAUCUAGCAUGUAUUGAAUGUCGUCAGAGUGUGUGUAUAUAUAGAAUUAAUUACACGUCUAAAGUA